AUGUCCGAAGCCCAGGGCACCAUCCAGUUGCACUGCCUGGCGGCAGCUCAUCAUCGUGGGUGGCUGGUCCAAGAUGAUCGUGAGCUCAAGUGGGAGUUCAGCACCCGCGGGAAGCGUUGGCUGAAAGGAGAGGCAGUCCAAGCUCAACGGGGCGGCGCCAAGCAGAAGCCUUCAGAGCCAGACGGGGACGCUUCUUUGUUCGCACUGGUAGUGGAGGACCCAACUCUGGCGGCUCUUCAGGCGGACCCAGCCAACCCGCCAGCGGAGGUCGCAGAGACAACGAAGCCAUUGGAGCCAGCGGAGCCAGCCGCGCAGCCCCUUCAAGCAGAACGCUCUUCCUCGGCAUUACGCUCACACGCAGCGUCUUCCGCAGCGGCUGUUCUCAAGGUGGUGGAGAAGGAGGUCAUGACCCUGGAGAAGGCCGCUGCUGCCGCGGUUCCAGAAGACACUCCGCCGGAGAAGCCGAAGCUCAACUUCGGUGGCAAGACGGAGCGCGUGGCCACAUGCCGCCUUUGUGAGGAAGCUCGCACUUGGGCGCAAAAGGGGUCUUUUUGUGAGUACUGCACGGGUGCGUUCCGUCGUGCUACAGGCCACCAGCGCCUUCACAUACUCUUUGAAGACCAGCAUUUGGCAGAGUCCGUGCGACAGGAGAGUAAGACAAAGCGUGCUGAAGCUGAAAAUGCUUCGCCGCCUAAGAAAGGGCUGGAAAAGAAGCUCGAGGAGUUCCUGCGCCGCUUCGAAGAGGUUCUGCCACAGCAGCGCCGCAUCGUCGCCAACGAAGUGGUAGAGGAGCUUACGGCGAACUGCAGCGAUCUCCGCUUGAUCCUACAGCGGGAUGCUGCCCAGGACACAGCCUGUGGCCUGCUACUAGAGCAGCUGGGGAAGCUACGAGCAACGGUCCCCGCCAGCACAAACCUUGACGUCCCCGUCAUCACACUCACGCAGUUGGACUCUGCUGUCACCAAGGUACCCUUGCCGCAGGAGGCCCUCACCGCAGCCGGUUACACCCUGACCAAGCAUAGCGCAGCUGCUGCCGCGGAAGGCCCAAAAAGUCAACAGCGCAAGCGAGGCCGCCGCACAAAGGUGAACAGCGUUGAGAUGGUCAGCUUGGUCCGCCGUGUGCUUGCCCCACACUUGCAGGACACCGAGCGGGUAGCAGUCGUUGGCCGCGGUAGGAACAAGAAAAUGGUCGUCGCCCAGCACUUGCGGAAGAAGCGCUACCGAGUCUUCCUUGAGGAGCCAGAGCUUCACGAGUCCAUGUCGUGGUCCACCUUCCACUCCAUCAUGAAGCGACACUUCCCUCACGUGAAGAACCCCAUGAGGCAGACGGACAUUUGCGAGCACUGCAAGCAUUUGGAGCGUCACUUGCUCCCAGCAGCUCAGAGGGCCUUGGCCAAGCACAGGCUUGAGAUCGAAGAGUUCUCCCAGCAGUAUUUCCACCCCUUCGACAGCAGCGACAAUUGGGAGUCGCUGCCUGCUUCCGCUGUCCUCCUGCAGAUGGAUUUCAAGGCCGCCAACAUGUUGGUGAAUGAGGUGAAAGUUCUCAACGUGGAAGUCGAAGUGCUCUACCUGGCUGAGCAUCACGGAAAGGGAGCUUGCGAUAGGCUCUUCGCUUGGACUCGCAUGUGGGUGUCCCGGUUCAUCCAGAAGCACCCUAUUUACAACCUGCGGGAUCUCACGCAGUGCUACCGAGAAGGCGCGGCUUCGAGGAUAGCCGACGACCCGACCACGCCAGCCAUCCUUGUCUCAAACUUCGACCCUGGCCGCUUCCGACCAACGAAGCGGAGCUUUCUGUCCGCCGCCACGCUCAAAAUUUCACGAACCUACAGCCUGGUAGCCACCUUGGACCGUCAUGCCGCGCCUGGUGUGCGCAUCGUCAACCAUGUUUUCACGGAUUUGAGGCAAGGGUCGAGGGUCCUGCCCUGCCACGUGGAUGAGGUGGUGUCGGAGGAGAAGGUGGAGUGGCGGCGCGGAUACUACGACAAGCCGCGCUCCUGGGAGCAAGCAGGGCCGGAGCCAGGUGAUGUUAACCACGUCACCCGGCGCUUUGCUGCGCAAAAGACCUUCCUCCCAGACAGAGAGGUUGCUCCAAAACGAAGCCUUGAAGAGAAAAUGUCAGCCAAGGCCAAGCAGCUCAGCAAGCACGCUGCCAAGAAGAAGCGGCAGCUGGCGCACCUCAAACGUCGACUUCGUCCUGCCGAGGCUGAAGGCUCGUCCUCUUCUGCAAGUAGCAGCAGCAGUAGCUCCUCAACCUCCUCGGAGAAAGCCUAA